AGUGAAGAAAAGCGCGCGAGAGAAACAGAGACAGAUAACAAGAGAGCGAGAGAGAGAGAGAGAGGCAUGGCGAGCAAGCGGCUUAGUCUGAUGCUGGAGGAACAACUGCACUCCAAUGAUGUCGAUGCUAAUCUGGAACAACGCUCGGCCAAGCGACACAAGGCGAACAGCAGAAUCAGCGACGAAUCGCCAUUGCAGCGCAUGCUGCAGCGUCAAAUCUCUAGCGGCAACUGCGCCGUUCACCUCUCGCCGAUCACCGAGCUGGCGCACAAUAUGCGCGACACCCAGUUGGAUGGCGGCGGCUGCGGGACGCCCAAGUCGAGCACGUUUCGCAGCUACAAUAGCAUAUCGUCCAGCUACGACUCUAGCAACUCUCUGGACGAUGAAUAUAUGGCCAUGUUUGAGCUGGAGGGAUUGGAGCAGCUGCCACUGGACAAGCUGCCGGGUGAUCUGGAUGCGCUGAUAAGCGGACAGCUUAAAAGCAACGAGAAUCACGUCGCCUGCACGGAGCGCCAUCGUGCCGUACGCCGUUGCCUCAGCAUGUCUGAGCAGCAACUGGAGGAGCAGCAGGAGCAGGAGCAGGAGCAGCAGCAGGAGCAGGAACUGAAAUCAUCUCUGGCUAUCACACCCGUUAAGCAAAGCACCGAUAGCAAGCACGUGAGCAUGCGCAAAGUUGUCUCCAUGAACGAUGCGGACAUAUUGAAUGCCCUGGGCGAUGAGCCCGAGCUGAUCGGGGAUCUGAGCAAGCCCUGUGCUCUGCCCGUGCUGUUGCACGGCGUGCGGCACCGAGAUCUGAAGACCAUCUCGUGCGAGACGCUGGCGCGUCUCAUGCGCGGCGAAUUUGCCCAGCUGCUGAAUCACUACCAAAUCAUCGACUGUCGCUAUCCCUACGAAUACGAUGGCGGACAUAUACGUGGCGCACUGAACCUCUACACGCGCGCUCAAAUCAAGGAUGCGUUUCCCACGGGCGACCAGAUCGCGGGUCAGCAUCGCAUUUAUGUCUUCCACUGCGAGUUCUCCUCGGAGCGUGGCCCGAAGCUGUUGCGCUACUUGCGCAGCAACGAUCGCAACGAGCACACGCACAACUAUCCCUCGCUCGACUACCCGGAACUGUAUCUGCUGCACAACGGCUACAAGGAGUUCUAUGCCAGCUAUACGGAUCUCUGCGAGCCGUGCAACUAUGUGCCCAUGCUGGCGCCAGCUCACAAUGAGGAGUAUCGUCUGUUUCGUGCCAAGACCAAGUCGUGGCAGUGCGCCGAUAGCGAUGGCGGCGACAGUGGCAUUGGCGGCACAGAUGGCCACUCCUCGAGACGUGGACGCAGCCUGCACAAGUCACGAUCCCGCCUGCUCUACGCCGAAUGAGGAUGAGGCCAGACUGUUAUGCCAGAACUAUAUGACCCCAAGAUAGAGUAACUAGAUAGUAUAGAUUGUUUCCUGCAUGAAGAUGGUGCGCAGCGUUGCCAGACUGUUUCACAGAAUGAUAAUCCCCCAAGACCUAGCUAGACAAGAAGUUUAACCCAAAGGACGCAAAUUUGAAGUUUCGUUUAGUUGCGUUUUCCCAAUGUUAAGUGGAAUUUAUGUAAUUGUUUAACUUGAUUUUACGCUUUACAGUUAGCAGUUAGCAGUUAACAGUUAACGAUUUACGGUUCUGGUUCAUUGUUAACAGUUCUCAAAUGUUUUCCCAAAAUGUCUUCUAGUCAGUGCAACAAAAUUCAUAUUUUAA